CUACUCCUGAAAUCAUAAAUUGUUGCUGCUUCUAGUCUUUACUGCUGCAAUUUCCGGACUGUUGCCAUUGCUUCUUGCUGCAUUCUGUACUAUUGCUUUAUUGCCACUGCCGUUGCUGUUUCUACUGUGCUACUGCUACUAAUAUUGUCGUUGCUGUUUCAUUUUCUGCUCUACGUACAGCCACUACCAUUGCUGAUUUGUAAAUUUCCAUUGAAAAUUUUAAAAUGGACAAAACUUGGAUGGUUAAGUCGUGGAAUAGUGAUGAAUACAAAGCUGGAGUUGAACAAUUUCUUAAAUUUGCAUUUUGUAAUGCAUCUCAAGAUGGGAAGAUAUUAUGUCCAUGUAGAUGUUGCGUUAAUCGCUAUCUACAAACAAGGGAAGAAACUAGAGUGCAUCUAAGGUGUGACGGGUUUUUACCGGGGUAUACUAAAUGGAUUUGUCAUGGAGAGAAAUCCUCUGAUGCUUCAACAUCAUCCAUUUUUUCAGAAAGUACUAGUUCACGUGGAGUGGAAUAUGUCCAAGUGCAACCAAACCUACGAAAGCCUGAUGACAUAGUAGGAUUAUUGCAUGAUGCUAUGGGUGUUGUUAGGCAAGUGGGUGAUAACAUAUCAUUAGAUGUGGAUGAAGAGGUGGAUUCCGAAAAUGCAGGAAUAGACAUAGAACAACCAGGAGUAUCCACCACAGGGGUGUCUAGUGAAUUUCAGAAGCUACUAGAGGAUGUUGACAAAGAAGUAUAUCCAGGGUGUAAGACAUUUUCUAAAUUGUCUUGCAUCUUACACAUAUAUCACAUGAAAUAUCUUAAUGGAUGGACAGAGAAAUCCGGUAGUAUGCUCUUGGAGUUUCUGUUUGAUUUGCUUCCAGAAGGUGCCUUACUGCCUAAAACUUAUUAUGAGGCUAAGAAGAUUAUUACAACAUUAGGUCUUGAUUAUAAAAAAAUUGAUGCUUGUGAAAAUGACUGCAUGUUGUUUUGGGGUGAAAAAUCAAGUGAUGAAAUUUGCAGUAAAUGUGGCACAUCAAGAUGGGUGGUUAAUAAGAACGAGCAAGUAAAAUACAAUGAUAAUUCAGUGAAUAAGCCUGCUGCAAAUAGGAAGAAGCCCGCCAAAGUUUUGCGUUAUUUUCCGUUAAUACCAAGGCUGCAAAGACUGUUUAUUUCAAAGAAGACUUCUACUGACAUGAGGUGGCAUGUUAUGGGUCGCAUAGAAGAUGGAAUGCUUAGACAUCCUGCAGAUGGGGUAGCUUGGAAAGCAUUUGAUGCUCAAUUUCCAAAUUUCUCGUCCGAUCCACGAAAUGUUAGAUUUGGUCUUUCUAGUGACGGGUUCAAUCCUUUCAGAACAAUGAGUACUAAUUAUAGUACUUGGCCUGUCAUGUUGAUUCCAUAUAACAUGUCACCCUGGAUUUGCAUGAAGCAAUCAUCUUUUAUUUUAUCAAUGAUCAUUCCAGGGAAAAAGGGUCCUGGAAAUGACAUUGAUAUCUACUUGCAACCUCUAAUAGAAGAGCUGAAAUUGUUAUGGGAAGGUGUGGAAACCUACGACGCUUUUGGGAGUGAAACUUUUAACUUAAGAGGUGCAUUAAUGUGGACUAUUAAUGACUUCCCUGCUUAUGCUUAUUUAUCGGGUUGGAGUACUAAAGGGAAGUUUGCUUGUCCAUGUUGUGCUGAAUUCACAAAUUCAAGAUGGUUAUAUAAGGGUGGAAAACAUUGCUAUAUGGGUCAUCGUCGGUGGUUGCCACAUGAUCAUUCAUUUCGCUUUAUGGAACAUCUUUUUGAUGGAACCCAAGAAUUAGGCACGGCACCUGUACGAGCUACAAGUGGUGAUGUUUUAAACCAAUUAGAUGAUCUUCAAUUUGGUUUAGAUCAAUUAGGAAAAUACUCCAAGUCUAAGAAAGGGAAAAGAAAAAAGCAAACGGUAGACAUUGAUGAAGCUAAUCCAGAGAUGGAAAUUGAUGUUGAUGAUUUGAGAAAAGCUGCCAUGAAGCAUUGGAAGAAGAAAAGCAUAUUUUUUAUGCUACCUUAUUGGGAGCAUAAUCUAUUACGUCACAAUCUUGAUGUGAUGCAUAUAGAAAAAAAUGUGUGUGACAACCUCAUUGGCACUCUAUUGAAUCUUGAAUAUAAGUCAAAAGAUAAUGAAAAGGCUCGUCUUGACUUAGUAGACAUGGGUAUUAGAGAAGAACUUCAUCCUAUAGAAGACGCAAAUGGUAAAAGACGAUUGCCUUUAGCAUGCUUUUCUUUGACUUCAACAGAGAAGGAUAUUUUUUGUCAAGUUCUUAAGAAUAUGAAAUUGCCUGAUGGCUAUUCUUCAAAUUUUUCUAGGUGUGUAAACCUAAAGGAUCGGAAAAUUAGUGGGCUCAAGAGUCACGACUGUCAUAUUUUGAUUGAGGAUCUCCUUCCUCUUGCAUUGAAAGCUUGUAGUCCAUCUAAACAAUUAACUUCAAUAGUGAUUGAGUUGGCUGCAUUUUUCAAAUCUAUAUGCUCAAAAUCAAUUGAUCCGAAAGAACUUGACAAAAUCUAAGAGCGUGUCGUUUUGACUCUUUGUCAUAUGGAGAUGACCUUUCUUCCCGGAUUUUUCACCAUAAUGGUUCAUCUGAUGGUUCACCUAGUAGAGGAAGUUAAACUUGGCGGUCCGGUGCAAUAUAGAUGGAUGUAUCCUAGUGAAAGGGAAUUUGUUACUUAUAAAUCAUCUGUUCGAAAUAGAGCUCAUCCAGAAGGGUCGAUUGCUGAGUGGUACAUAGCGAAUGAAUGCUUAACAUUUUGUUCUCGGUAUCUUGAAGGAGUUGAGACAAAAUUCAAUCGACCUUUGCGAAAUCCAGAUCCGCCUACUAAUCAAUACAUGAAAUACUUAUAUGCAAGUGCUGGUCAAACUAUAGGGAAGAUUGAAGAUAUUGUCUUAGAUGAUAAAUCUUUAAUUCAAGCGCAUCGUUAUGUGCUACGGCAUUGUGAUCA